GCUUGAUUGAAAAAAAUAGUCGGAAGGGAGGGUUGCCAUGUACAUGACAGACUUGUUUGAUAUUAUGAUUGUGAAUAUUCGUUGAAAUUUAGCGGAUUUGGCGAGGGAAGCGCCCGAUGACUGAUAGACUUAUCGAAAAUGGGUAAUUCGCUGUCUCCACAUUUAGAGAGUGCACAAAAAACUGGAGUCUGUUCUCUUUGUGGCAAGGGACUGUCAGAGGUAAAACUCGAUCGGUUUAAGUUCUUGGAAAGAUAAUCCAAUAAGUCUCAUGCUUUUUUUUAUCGUUUUACGCUUAGUAUGGUUCAUAGAUUGUUUUUAUUUGAAAAUGUAUAAUCCAUUUUUUGAGAUCGACCAGUAUCGUUGCGGUAAAUGUCUUGGAUCGAUGACAAUAUUGACAGAAGGUGAAGCUCACGUCUGAGAUCGAUGGAGCGUUCGUUUCAAUACCAGAUGCCAUUUUUUUUUCCAUUUGCAAUUUUCAAAUCCUUUAUUACAAAGUUUUAUCAAUGCUGAAACAAAAAUCACAUUACAGUUCCUGUGAUUGCGGAGGCUUCCACUGGGGGAUUUUUAAGUUUAAUAAAGGUUUCUAUAACCCUUUUAACUCCUAAAGGUAAUUAACAUGUUAAUUCUCCUUACAGUAUCCAUACAUUAUCUGGCAAAAAGGUAAUGAGAAUAUGCAAACUUAUUUGGUAGUUGUUUUCUUGAUCGAACACCAAAUUCUUGUUAUUUAUAUAAAAAGAAAUGUGUGGCAGAUGUAAGGAAGAAUUAAAUAACAGACCUUGAGAUUAGAGGGUUAACUGUGCUAAGGUUUUUUCAUAACAGCUGUCAUGUUUUAAUUAUUCAUUCCUCAGUAAACUUUGUUUCAUGUCAUCUGCACGCAGUACUGGCAAAAGUUCAGAUCUUGCUAGCACUGCAUUCAAUGUGUAUGUUGCAAGUUGCAUGUAUUAUAUUGCAUGCCUACAGAUCAUGGACAACAGCUACAUGUAAAUGCUUUUUGUGACUUUGUUUCAAACAGAUUCCUCCUCAGUUGCUAAGGUUAGGGAGUUCCUUACGAACAUUGGACCUCUCUGAGAACAAAUUAAAGGUUUUGCCUGCAGCAUUUGGCAGUUUUACUCCCUUGAAGAGUCUUACAUUGUCAUCAAACAAUAUUGGUAAACUAUAGCUUUACGUCUUGUUUAUAUGUAGCCUGGAAGUAGGCCUCACUAUGUAAUAGUUAUUAUUAGUACUGCAGCACAAGCGUAUCUUCCCUUGUCACGGAGGUCAACUCUUUAUACCCUAACAUCAGUAUACAUAUUCUCCAUACUGUUCCCUAUACAUUUCCUUAAAAGCUGACAAGGAGAAUUUGUGUAACAAUCAACAGCUUCUUUAGCUGCUGAUAUCUUUCUUUACUCUCAUGACCUUGCUUCAUGAUUCAGGUGUGAUAUUGUAAGGAGAGGCUUCGAGAUGUUGAACCAAGCAAGCUGGUGAUAGGUCUGCAAGGAAUCUGGCCCUCAUUAUCAAUGCAUAACCACUUGCAGACCUCUCUCUGGCAGGUGUUGAUCAAUGCCUCAAACUUAUUUUGUAACACCCUGGUACUAAAACACUAGUAACGAGGGCCAGUGGACAUAAGCUAGUUUAUAUACUGUAGAAGCCAAAGAGAAAAUACCUGGCUUACCCAAUUUGACUUUUACAUCCCAUUAAGUAGAACUGAAAGCAGCUUUUUAAUGCCAACAGUCAGGCAGGAGUGUAAGAAAGUAUGGGAGAGAUUUACGCUUUGGUGUUGAUGUGAGAUUUUUUCUCUCAGAGGCCAGCAAGUCCAAAGUUGACCAAACUUUUCUGAAGUUCCUGCAAAAAUUUUCAAAGAUGUUUCAUUUCUGUUCAGAAGAUGUCCUGUAGAGUCAACAAAAAUGGGCCUGAAAUGCUCAUCCUUUCACUAUGGAAGGUUUUGGCCAAAUGUGGAGUUUCUCUAGAGAUGGCCAAAAUUUUCAUAACAUGUUAUUAAUAUUCCCUAAGACUUUCUGAACAUACUUCAGAGGUGUCCUGAAGACACAUUUGGAGAUCCAUUCUAACGAGAAUUCUUUUCUUCUGUCUCUUAGGGGUUUUACCAGAGGAACUCUCUCAGCUGAAGAAGCUAGAAGUAUUAAUUAUCAACAAAAACCAUCUGAAGGUCCUCCCUGUAGGACUUUUCACAAGCCUGAGCCACCUUAAAACCCUUUCACUAGCUUCCAAUCAGCUUACAGCAUUCCCAGAGGGCCUUGGUACCUCAAAGCAUUUGGAUGUAGUUGAUUUGUCCAAUAACAAAAUCCGCAGUCUUCCAGAGUCUGUGGGAGAUUUACAAAUGGUAGAACUUAACAUGAAUAAAAACCAAGUUGCAUUACUUCCUGCCAGUCUUGCAAGAUGUCCUCGACUCAAAGUUCUUAGAUUGGAAGAAAAUUGUUUGGCUUUAGAUGCUGUUAAUCCAGAACUUCUGAAGGAAUCACAGAUUUCUUUGCUUGCAGUGGAUGGUAAUUUGUUUGAAACAAAACAGUUGCGAGAGGCUGAAGGCUAUGACCAGGUAUGUCAU